AUGGUAUUAAUCGGUGCUUCUGUCAUAACGAAGGCUGGGAAACCUCUGUUUGCUCGAAUUUUUAUUUCGGACAUGACAAAGGCAAGGCUGGAAGGCUUAUUGGAUGCCUUUCCUAAACUAAUCGCUUCCGAAAAAUGUGAGUUUUUCGCUCAACGUCAACAUACUUUUGUCGAAACGGAUAGUGUCCGUUAUGUAUUCCAUCCACUCGAUAAUGUUUAUAUGGUUCUAAUAACGACCAAGGCCUCAAAUAUUCUUGAAGACCUUGAAACUCUCCGUUUAUUUUCCCGUGUGAUUCCCGAAUAUUGUCGUUCAAAUGAUGAAAAAGAAAUUUUGUCGAAUGUUUAUGAUCUAAUUUUUGCUUUCGAUGAAAUCGUAGCUCUAGGUUAUCGUGAAAAUGUCAAUCUUGCACAAAUACGAACAUUCACUGAAAUGGAUUCUCAUGAAGAAAGAGUUUUCAAUCAAAUAAAGAUUGCGCAAGAGAGAGCUGCAACAGAAGUCAUGACUCAGAAAGCAAACGAACUUAAAAAAUUGAAAGCAGAACAAAAAAAAGCUAUGAGAGGAAUAGCUUUAUCUGGUAUGGGGAUCGCAACUGCUAUAAGUUCGAGCACUCCGACAUCAGUUCCUAUCGAAGAUAGUACUGUUCGUCAUGCUCCAAAGUCUGUAAUACCUUCAUCACGUGGAGGUGGUAAAGCGCUUAAACUUGGAUCCAGAACUGCUGAUGAAGAUCAAUUUCUUAACCAGCUGAAGAUCGCAGGUACCAAAAUCUCAUCAGAUGAUUAUGUUGGCGCUACAACUGCAUCACGAUUACCUGUUCAUUUGAAGCUAGAAGAGAAAAUAAAUGCUGUGGUAUCAAGAGAUGGUGGCUUAGAAAGUUUUGAAAUUAUCGGGAGUGCUUCCUUGUUAUUAUCUGAUCCUGAAUUCAAUAAUAUUGCGAUUCAAAUGGUCAAUGGGGACAAAUAUGGCGCGCAGCUGCAGGUUCAUCCAAAUUUGGACAGAAAAGAAUGGCAACAAAAUUCAUUGUUAAGAUUGAAAUCCGCGCAGAAACCUUUCCCAGUUAAUGUUGACGUUGGUGUUUUAAAAUGGCGAUUACAAUUAACAAAUGAGGAAUCGCUUCCAGUAUCAAUCAAUUGCUGGCCGAGUGAAAAUCCAGAUGGCUGUGUGGUUAAUAUCGAGUAUACUUUGCAAGCAGAACAUAUGACGCUUAAUAACGUACUCAUUACCAUACCUCUGCCUCCUGCAACAGUACCCGUAAUAGCUGAAUGUGAAGGAUCAUACGAAUAUAUCAAAUCCAAAUCGCAACUGUUGUGGUCUCUUGCUGUUAUUGACGGAUCGAAUAAUUGCGGUACACUUGAAUUUAACACGCCAAACGGCCGAACCGACCACUUUUUUCCAAUUAAUCUGCGUUUUUGGAGUGCCGAUCUCUUCUUGCAUAAAAUGACUUCGAAUGAUGCUAUGCAGUAUUCGUGCGAAAGUCGACUUAUAACCGAAAAAUUUGAAAUCGUUUAA